AGCUCAUCCACUCACCCACUCGACGAGGUCAAAAAUGAUUUUCGGACGCCUCACCCUCGGUUUCUUGCUGGUCACUGUCGCUGCGUUCUUCUGCGCACAGAAUGUCGAGGCUGCCAAGGGCCCCAAGAUAACCCACAAGAUUUACUUCGACAUGAAGCAUGGCGACGAGGUCCUCGGUCGCAUUGUCGUGGGUCUGUAUGGCGGUACCGUCCCUAAGACCGUUGAGAACUUCAGAGCGCUUAGUACUGGUGUGCGCAAGGAUGGCACUCCGCUAGAGGCCGGCAUGGGAUACAAGGGCUCCAAGUUUCACCGUGUGAUCAAGAAUUUCAUGAUUCAGGGAGGCGACUUCACCCGUGGCGAUGGCACCGGUGGCAAGUCUAUCUAUGGUGAUCGCUUUGCGGACGAGAACUUCAAGCUCCGCCACACUACCUCCGGUAUUCUUUCGAUGGCUAAUGCGGGCAAGGACACUAACGGCUCCCAAUUCUUUAUCACCACGGCUGUGACCAGCUGGCUCGAUGGCAAGCACGUCGUCUUCGGCAAGGUUGUUGAAGGCAUGGAAGUCGUCACUGCUAUCGAGGACGUCGCCAAAGGGAGGAAUGACAAGCCCGAAGUUGAUGUCAUUAUUGCUGACUGCGGCGAACUUCCUCUCGAUGACCCUCCCACAGAUGAGUCUGGAAACGAGGUGCCUCUCCGCGCUGAGCUAUAAGUUAGCUGUAGUGCUGAUUUAUCUGCUCUAUCAUCUAUGUCGUACUUCGAAUGGGAAUGGAAAUACUCGGUUGCUGACACAAAUCAACUU